UAUGCCAAGAUAGAAGCGAUAAAACACUAUGUCAGGUUCAUCAUACUCCCCACCAGAAUUAUCCAACAACCGCACAGUUCACGUUUUAGAGCACGAUGUCCCCUAUCCCCUCUUUUGAUUGUUAUCACGAACCUUUGUUGCCAGCAAAUAUUCGCUUACUUCGCCUACUUCCUAACAAAGACAAAACGGCGCCCAUUCAAUGUGAGCUCUUCCAUUACUCUCUACAGGGAUUAA